UGCCCUAGAAAAGCUGAGUUGAGCUAAAUAGAGGGUUGAGAUUAUUCGGUGAUGGAGCAUCCAACGACUCACAUUAAGGAGGUGAUCGUAUAUAAGAAUCGCAGAAGCCCUAACCGCUCCGUCACUUCACUUCACCUUUACAGGCGCCCUCGAAGCUGCUGGCUGCUUCUCUCAGGGAAUUCGGGUCUGUUUGAUUCCUUGAGCUUUCCAAAAAUCUCAUAAGAUGGUGCUGCCAAACGAUGUCGAUUUGCUAAACCCUCCUGCUGAUCUGGAGAAGAGGAAGCACAAGCUCAAGCGGCUGGUGCCCUCCCCCAACUCCUUCUUCAUGGAUGUGAAAUGUCAAGGUUGCUUUAACAUAACCACUGUGUUCAGCCAUUCCCAGACAGUGGUGGUCUGUGGUAACUGCCAGACAGUGUUGUGCCAGCCCACCGGUGGACGUGCCAGGCUCACUGAGGGAUGUUCUUUCCGAAGAAAGGGUGACUGAUUCCUUUUUUCUUUUGUUAAAGGGAACAGUUAAAACAGUUGCUAGUUUGUUGAAAGUGAGAGAGUCGGGCUGAGAUUUUGUUAUUUUGAUUGUUGCUUUUGUUUAGCAUGUAGUAGUUAAAGAACUAAGUUUUGGAUCUAUAACGACUUUGAGUUCUGUGAUUACUUUUAAAGUGAGAAUAUAUUUUAUUUGGGUAAUUUGUUUUCCUUUUGAAGGUAACUUUCACUGUACUUGUUGGUUUGUGCCUGUGUUUCAUGUAUUGAAGUUUUUUUAACCCCUCUA